AUGGAUGUUAAAAGUGCCUUUCUAAAUGGAAUACUGCAAGAUGAGGUUUAUGUUGAGCAACCAAAGGGCUUUGAGAACUCGCAGCACCCUGAGCAUGUUUAUCGACUAAAGAAAGCUCUGUAUGGUCUAAAGCAGAUCUAUGUGGAUGAUAUUGUCUUUGGCUCCACGUGUCAGCCGCUUGUAAAACAGUUUGUGGAAAGCAUGUCUCAGGAGUUCGAAAUGAGUAUGGUGGGAGAGCUAAGGUACUUUUUGGGAUUGCAAGUUGAACAAUCAGCUGAUGUGAUCUUUGUUUCUCAAAGUACUUAUGCUAAGGAGCUUGUACAACGCUUUGGCUUGGAUAAGAGUAAAGAAGCAAAGAUCCCAAUGGGCGCAAACGACAAACUCUCCAAGGAAGAAGAAGGGGAGGAUGUAGAUGAGAGACUAUACAAAGGAAUGAUUGGAAGUUUGUUGUAUUUGACUGCUAGUCGGCCAGACAUAUGUCUGUCAUUAGGGAUUUGUGCAUGUUAUCAUGCCAAGCCUAAGAUGUUGCAUUUAUUGGCUGUAAAGAAGAUCAUCAAGUACAUCAAAGGGACAUUGGACUUUGGCAUCUAUUAUACCAAGGAUACCAACACCAGUCUGAGUGGAUAUUGUGAUGCUGAUUGGGCAGGUUUUGUGGAUGAUCGUCGUAGCACAAGUGGAGAUUGCUUCUUCAUGGGCAACAAUCUUAUCUCAUGGCACAACAAGAAACAAAACAGUGUCUCUCUAUCAACUGCUGAAGCUGAGUACAUUGCGCUAGGAAGCUGUUGCACACAACUUCUGUGGAUGCGACAAAUGGCCUCUGAUUAUGGUAUGGAAUCUGAUCCUCUUUUAAUUCAUUGUGAUAACUUGAGCGCAAUAAAUAUUUCAAAGAAUCAUGUUCAGCAUUCACGAACCAAACAUAUAGAUAUUAGACACCACUUUGUUCGUGUACUAGUUGAGGCGAAACUGAUCGAGAUUGACCACGUGAGCAUUGAUUUGCAGUUAACUGAUUUGUUUACCAAACCUCUGGACUUCAACAGAUUUGUAAAUCUGAGGAAGUCCAUUGGUGUUUGUGAGUUCUAA